AUGGCUACGUUAGCAAAACCUCGAUCCGAAAUGACCCAAGAAGAGUUAGCAGCUAAAGAACAGGAGGAAUUCAACGUUGGUCCACUUUCUGUGCUUACGCAGUCAGUAAAAAAUAACGCACAAGUCCUGAUUAACUGUAGAAACAACAAGAAAUUGCUUGGUCGUGUUAAAGCAUUCGACAGGCAUUGUAAUAUGGUUCUGGAAAAUGUUAAAGAAAUGUGGACAGAAUUGCCAAAGACGGGAAAAGGAAAGAAGAAAGCAAAACCUGUUGCAAAGGAUCGCUUUAUUACGAAAAUGUUCCUGCGCGGUGAUUCCGUUAUCAUUAUACUGAAAAAUCCAGCAGUUGCAGUUUCAGAAUCUACUUAA